GCCCUGCGGCGCGCUCCCUGGGCCCCGCCUUGGAGCUGCUGGCGCCCGGCGGCGACCUCGGGACUCGGGCGGGGAACAGGCGCUCUCUGGGGCUGGGCCAACCGGCCGCUCCCUCUCCUGGGUCCCGAGCGCCCUCCUCCGCGCCUACUGUCCCGGCCGGUGCUCAGGCUGGGCCGCCCCGCGGGGGGAAGGGAUCCGGGACCAGAUAGGAGGUGAUGGGGGCGAGACCAAACGGGAGGUGACGGGCGGAGGUCUGGAGCCAGGUGAGGGGGUACCCGGCAGGUGAGGGCGCCGCCCAGGUCACUGUUGGUCUUGUUGGUCGGUGGUCUCCGGCGCCUCGCGGGAGGAGAACGGGCGGACGGUGAGGGGCGGAGCCCCGCAGGGCACUGGGCGGGAGGUGAGGGGGCGGACCUGGCAGCUGGCGAGGCAGACACUGAGUCACGCUCCGCGCGGACUCAGAUCCGCCCCGCUCGCACCAGGUCGUCUCGUCCCCGGACGUCGGCCCCCACCCACCGCGAACUUCGAAGACGGCCUGCGGUUGCCGGUCUCCUAGGCCCCCCGCGCGUCUGUGCCAGCCCGGCCGUCAAGUCCUCACGGGGAUGCGCGCCAUGCCGCCCUCGGACGCGCCCGCGGCCGAGCGGCUCCAGCCCGAGAACCCCGGCACCCCGCGGCAGGUGCGCAGGAGCGCCGUGGAGAGGCUGGCGGCCGACCGCGCCAAGUACGUGCGCGGGGUCCCGGCUGCCGAGGGCUGCGGCGUGAACGCGGCGGCUGCCCAAGAGAGCGCCCCCGACGCUCCGGCCCGCGCGCAGGCCCCGGUGGUGCGCAGGGCGAUCGCGCGGAGGCCUCUGCGGCCGGACUCGCUAGUCAUCUACCGGCAGAAGUGUGAGUUCGUACGGACGCCGGGCACCGACGGCUCCAGGGGGAGCCUUGGGAAGAAGCUUUUGCCCGUGCCGGGCAAGGACAGGGUGCCGGCUUCCGCGGACACGCAGGGCGUGGGCGAGGAGAGCGGCGCCCGGGGCCGGAACGUAGGGACGGCGCCCGCGCGCCCGGGUCCUGUCGAGACCCCCAGCGCGCCCUCCGCGGCUGCCCCAGCCCCCAGCGCGCCCUCCGCGGCGUCCCAGAGCGUCGCGCCGGCGCCUCCUGGCCUGGAGCUGCGGGUUGCACGGCGCCGGGGGCUGCAGCGCUCGCAGUCCGACCUGAGCUCGCUUUCCUCCACGGCCAAGGCCGAGUACGAUGCGUUUUUCCAAUACUGCGGACUGGACCCCGACGUCGUGGAGGCGCUCGGCCGGGAGAACUUCUCGGCCAGCUCGGACUGCGUGGCUCUCAAAGUGCGCAGUGUAAGCGUAGCCACCUCCGACAGUGGCUUCUCCCGGCGUAGCGACGACGACGGCGAGGACGGGCUGUCGGGAGCACUCAAGGAGCAGGGUCCAAGCGCCACAUCGGUCAUCGAGAGGAACGCGCGCAUCAUCAAGUGGCUGUACACCUGCCGGAAGGCCCGGGAGGGCCCCGGCCAGGGGCUGCAGGGGCCUGCGUGAGUGCCUGUGCCGCCGUGCGCAGCCAACAGACUCCCCACAUGGAGCUUCUGGAUGUCAUGGGCCAGCCCUGCAGUGUGCACAGGAUUGGUGCCUUCCUGGGAGUGAAGCCCUGUGGCUGCCCCGAGUGACCUCAGGAGGCUGGAGAGGCCACGGAGAAGGUGGGAACACAGACCUGGAGGAUCGGUCAACCUUUGGAUUAGCGGCUGAAGCACGGGCAAGGCGCCGUGUGUGCACUGUGCUUCCUCAUGCAGUGAGAAAAGGGAAAGCUCUUGGGAAUGAUUUUCAGGGGCACCUUUUGGACUGACUUUAUACAAGAAAUACUGUGAUGCAUCUCACUUUAAAAAAAAAUGUCUAAAAGCAUGAAAACCAAGCAGUUUACUCCUUUUGCCCUGCUGGGAUGAUUGGAACCAUAUAAAUCAGGUUUCUAUAAUAACGAAUAUAAUCCACCUGAAUAUCAUUGUCCACCAAGAGCAAGCACGUGCUUGACACACUGCUGCAGACCUAAUUU